GGCGGAUUCCCGGUGGCGGCGGCAGCGGCGGGGACGGCGCGCACGUGGAGGAGGUAGUAGAGAAUGUCUUUUCGUGGCCGAGGAGGUGGAGGAGGAAGAGGAGGUGGCUUCAAUCGUGGAGGAGGUGGCGGUGGUGACAGAGGUGGCUUUAAUCGUGGUGGACGAGGCGGCUUUGGACGGGGAGGUGGACGAGGAGGCUUCAACAGAGGCGGAUAUGACCAGGGGCCUCCAGAAAGGGUAGUUUUAUUGGGAGAGUUCAUGCAUCCCUGUGAAGAUGACAUUGUUUGUAAAUGUAAAACAGAAGAAAACAAGGUGCCUUAUUUCAAUGCCCCCGUGUACUUGGAUAAUAAGGAACAGAUUGGCAAAGUGGAUGAAAUCUUUGGACAGCUGAGAGAUUUUUAUUUUUCAGUGAAACUGUCUGAGAACAUGAAAGCCUCUUCAUUUAAAAAAAUGCAAAAGUUUUACAUUGAUCCAGCAAAACUGCUACCCCUUCAGAGAUUUUUGCCAAGGCCUCCUGGAGAAAAAGGUGCUCCCAGAGGAGGUGGUAGAGGAGGACGUGGUGGUGGACGUGGAGGAGGAAGAGGUGGUGGUAGAGGAGGAUUUGGAGGAGGAAGAGGUGGAGGAAGAGGAGGAGGAGGAGGAUUCAGAGGAGGAAGAGGCGGAGGAGGAGGAGGAUUCAGAGGAGGAAGAGGUGGUGGAGGAGGCUUUCGGGGAAAAGGAUAUUAAAAAUGGAGCCACAAGUAUCUCCCUGCUGUCUUACUGUGUCAUCUGAAGAAGUGAAGAACAUGGAAAAACUUUUGUAAAGGAACCUGAAAAAGUUCUUUUUAUAAAGAACUUGAAGCUGUAAAAUGACAUUUAAUGACUGUUGGUCAACACAUGAGGAGAGCGUAGCCCCAGGCGAAGAAUUGAAGACUGCUCAGAAUGUACUUGAACUUCUUUAACUAAGCCAGGAUUCAACUUUAUUCUUAAACUGUUUCUGACAAGUGACAUCGUCAAUACUUGACUUCAUGUUGGAGUUUGGAGUAAACAAUCAAUUGAAACGUUUGUUUUUAAAAAAACCCUACGGGUUCACUACGUGCGCAUUUGUCGGUAUGAACCUGUUACCUGUGUGUGACUGAUACCUAGUUCUCAUCUUCUUUUUAUAUAGAAUUUUCUGCAUUGCUCUAAAGUGGACAUGCUGUUCAAGCAACCUUUGUGAACCUUUUUUUACAAACUAAACUUCAGAAUUUCGUGUUGAUAGAGUUUUUUUUUAUACAUAGUAAUGUAUAAAAGGAAAGGAAGAGAGCAAAGGCUGUUUUGUGGAUUUUUCUGUAUAGAUCUCAAUGAAAGCCAAAGGCAUUAAGACAUGUUCUUCUUAGAAGACAAAGUUAAUACUGUUUUCAAGUCACCUAAUUGUAUAUAAUUAAAAUUGCUAAGGGUUUUUAACUGCG